CUGCGGGGAGGGAGACCUCAGACGACUUGAGCUUCCUCAAUUGGCAGAGGGAAAUUCUAGGGAAUGAGAAGAUGGGGGGCAGAGACAGAGAUGGAGAAGGAGAAGGAGAAUCCAAGGAGCAGAAGAGGAGAGGACGGCAAUGGAAGUUCGGGGAAACAUAACACCAGAAGGGCAGGACAAAAAGGGUAUAUUUAAGUCAUAGGUAAAGGGCGCCGCAUUGGUCUAGACGAUUAGUGUUCAGGGUCACGAUGCACGCGUGUGUCGAGAGUCGAGAGACUGCGAAGCUGCUACAUCGUCGACUCCACGGUCGUAGUGCGACGGAAGAUUGGAAGAUUUUUCCAAUGCCGGACAGCAAGGGGAUGACGAAUGACGUUGACGGCGACAGUGACAGCGACGGGAACGGUGGAGGGGACGACGGCGCUAAUGGAAACCAAGCCUCCGGGACAGGACAGGAACGGGCAACAAAACGGGCCCAACGAUCCAAACGGUGCUAGCUGAGGAAUUGUUCGAUAAAAGGGACGGACGGAUACGAAGUAACGGCUUAAAAAGCUUCGUCCAGCCGCCCUCUUCUUCGGUAUCGGCACUGGACUGGUGGGCUAACGGCUAACCUUGGUUAGUGGCGAAAUAGGGUGGGGGGAUGUAGGGCUGAAAGACAGAGAAGAAAAGAAGAAGAAAAAAAGAAGAGAGGGA